AUGUUCACAGGUGAAGACAUCCAAUUUCUGUAGUAAUUACAUCAGUUGAAGGAAAUAUGCAAGAUAGGAGAGGGCAGUUUUGGUAAAGUCUACAAAGCAAUAGAUUUAACAGACAAAUCUAUUUGUGCAGUCAAGGUUAUUUCGAAAAUAGUUUACAAUAGUACUACACCUGAAUAGGAUAUCUAUUUACAAUUGAAUCAUCCCAAUAUUGUGAGAUGCAAGAGAAUUUCAGAAAACAAAAAGUACUAUUAUAUAAUUAUGGAAUACAUGGAAGGUGGCACUUUAGCGUAGAAAAUGAAGGAGAAGCAUUUAAACGAAUAGGAGGCAGCAGUUAUCAUGAAGUCAAUUUUGGAAGGAGUGAACUACUUGCAUGAUAGAUCAAUUAUUCAUAGAGACAUUAAACCAGAGAACAUUAUGUUGGCAGGAACAAGUGUUAAAAUUGCUGAUUUUGGGUUGAGUUUUCGAUUCUCAUCUAGCGAAGGCACUUUUCAUAAAUUAUUGAAUAAAAAAUGCGGAACUAUCAUUUAUAUGGCACCAGAACAAUUACUUAUUCUAAAAUUUAAUUAGUAUAGCAAAUAAGUGGAUGCCUGGAGUUGUGGAAUUCUCCUUUAUAUGCUAUUAAAUGCAGGAAAACAUCCCUUUUAUAAUAAAGACGAUACUAAGUAUGAGUUCAUCAACAAAAUCCUCAACCCUUCCAUCGAUAUCCCCUAGAGUAUGACACCUUUGGCUCAAGAUCUAUUUUUUAAAUUAAUUAAUGUCAAUCCUAUAGACAGAUACAAUGUAAGUUAAGCCUUGAUGCAUCCGUGGAUCACAAGGAAGUUUCAUGAAAAAAUUCCAUUGACUUAUUAAUAACAAUUAGACCAGUUCCUAAAAGAAUAGCAAAUAAGAUAAUAAUUUAAGCUAUUAUUCUUCUUACAGUAUUUGAAUCACAAUUCGCCAAGAACUUAGAUCUUCUAAGAUAGUGUAAAUGAAUUGGAAUAGGAAAAUUAGAAGAUGGAGUAGAAUCAAACGAGUGCAAGUCCGUCUCAAAAUAAAUUUAAAAUAUUACAAUUAAACAACAGAAUUAAGAAUCAAUGCAAUACUACUGCUAGAGUGGAGAGUUAGGGAAAGUUUUUAGAUUUCUCAUUAAUCCAAAAAUCCAAUCUUAAGAAAUCAAUGGAGAAUAUCACAGUGUAAGAUAAGGAGAAAUGCGAAAAAAGUUAGAAUUGUUCGGCAAGAUCUUUGAAAUAGAAAUCAAACCAAAUGAUUAACAAAUUCUUUAUACCCACCUCAUUCUAAUAGUCCUUUUGUGCUUCCAAUAAAACGAACCUUAAAUCACAUAGAAAAUUACUACCUCCAUUAAAAUCAAAAUGA